AACAAUUAACAUCGAGGUGUUCACAAAACAACUAUUCCCUUUGUUCGUGAUUGUACAAUCGUGCGUAUCGUUACCAAUCACUUGUAAAAGAGAUUUUCACGUCUAUAAGUAAUUUGUUUAAAUUUAACGCAUAAUCUGAAUCUAGGGAAAAAAGAGUUUAUUAGUCAUUGAAAAGAUUUAUACCGAGCAAAUCGUUUACUUUGAUAAUCAAUGGCUGUUUUGUGAAUCUUUGAAAGUACUACUGUAACGAGUGACGCAAGAAUGUAUCAUCGUGUUUGUAGAAACAAAAAUGUUUGCUUCUAUAAUGCAUUAUACAUUUAUGUAACAAAUGAAAGCAUAUUGCGCUUUAAAUCGUAGACGAUACGAAAUGGAAAUGAAAUCGAUUUCAAAAUUUUUAGUCUCACGAAUUUUUGUCAGAGUAUUGAUCGAUUGUUGAAAUAUUUAAAAAUAUCAAUGAAAAUCAUAAAUAUUUUUCGAGACGUAUUACUUAAGCUACAUAUUGCUUACGUAAUAACAAAAUAACUAAUUAGGUUGCAAAGACGAUUAACAUUAGCAAAAGCAGAAAGAUCUAUCAUCGGUUGAAAGGACGAAAUGAAAGAGAAGGAAAAGUAGAGAGGAGAAUAAGAGAGGAAAUUGACAGGAAUAGUGAUAAAGAAGAUGAAAAGUUAACGAAGAAGCAAAGCAAUGGUUAGAAAGAAAGACAAAACGAUCUAAACGCAUAGCAUGUGUAUGUUACGUAUAUGUACAGCACACACACACACACACACACACGUAUGUAUAUACAUUAUGAUUGAUAAGAAAAACAUGUUGGAAAAAAAGGAGAAGCGCAUGCGCUUUUCGCGACAUGAAUGUGAGAAGGAGAAUCAGCGUGCAUUGUCGAAUGUGACGUGUGUGAGACGCGUAAACGAACAGCGUCGAUCCACGACGAUGCGAUCGAGUUGACGGUGUGCAGUUUUCUUUAGCGCUAUUCGCGAUACCCCCACCUUAAAAAACGAGCAAGUAGCCGAUCGUAAGGAACCAAAAGACCUCCCUGGUUAAGCUAAUAAAUUAAAAUUAUUCUUUUUAGAUAUUCAAUAUUCAUAAUUAUCGUUUUCUUUUGUUAUCUUUUCAGAAAAUUGAUAUUCACUUUUAUUUUGCAGUUCCUUCGGAAUUGAAGUUUGACGCUGAUUUGAAUCUGUACCAAAGUCAUUUGUAUAAUUUAAUCGAAACCGAUUCGAUCCGAUUCGAUCCGACCUGACCCGAUACAACAUCUAUCCCAACUAGUCUUGAUUCGAUUCGACUCUAUUCGAUACGGUCCAAUCCGAUUCGAUCGGAUACCAUUAGUUCGACUUCAGUCAAUUCCACCCGAUCUGAUUCGACCAUCCACGGAACUACGAUCGUCUCUUUCUCUUUCUCUCUCUCUCGUAUACACACAUACACACAUACAUGCAUAUAUAUACACUGUCUCGCUUAUUCUUACUCCUCACUCUUCCAUUCUCUCGCUCUUUUUGUCGAGUGCCCUCUUUGUUAGCUUCACUCUGCUCGCUGGUUCUCCUCUGUGUACAUAAUGCACACCAGCCUCGCUACCGAUCUUAGAACGGUGGUCAACGCGAACACGAUCUUAAUCAGUAAACGAAUUGGCCGAAUGCGUGGACGAAAUGACGGGAUACGAGAAAGGAACGGAGAGAUCCGUGAAACUGAUCGGUGAGAGUAUCGAGGAAUCGAACAACGAUGGAGGAUCGAUAGGAUUGUUAGAGACGGAUAGCGGGGAUGUGGUGCUUUUUCGGCAGGAAACACAGUUGGGGCAACAACAGAAGCAACAACAACAACAACAACAACAACAACGGCAACGCCACCAACUUUACCAACUACCUUAUGAAAAGCAUGGAAGCGAAGAGGGCGGGGACAUGGUGGGCGUGCUGGAGGCGGGACAACAGGAAAUUGAAAAUGGCGCGGUCGCCGAGGCGAGUGACGCCGAACCGGUAGAAAUCCCCGUCUCACCGGAACAAGGAAACGACGUAGACGACGCUUACGGCGUGCAUUCGCUCGGCUUUAACACUCAGGAACCUCUGGUUCGAGAAAGGGGUUAUCUCGAUCAGGACUCAAACGUGUACGGGGGCGGCGAUUUAGGCGGUGAUUCCUCGAAGCAGGAGGAGCAGCAGCUUCAGCAACAACAGCAACAGAUUUCUCAACCUCUCCACCACCAUCACCACCAACAACAGCAGCGUCAGCAGCCGCACCACCACCACCAUCACCACCACCACCACCACCACCACCAUCAUCACCAGCAGCAGCAGCAGCAGCAGCAGCAGCAGCAGCAGCACUACCACCGCCAUCAGCACAGCGACCAUCACCACGACCAACAGCACCAUCAGUCGGAGUACGUUCAACUGGGGGCGAGAGAAGUAUCGACUGGCGAGGGUGGGGAUAACGAAGCGUCGAGCGAGGUCUCCGUAUUGCCGGAGGAAAAUCGGGCCGGCAGUCACGCGCCUUGCUCUACGAUGCAUCGUUACGGUACUGAAGCGCUCUCGCCGACCGCGGCCGAUCAUCACAACCACCACCACCAUCACCACCACCACCACCACAACAACCAUCACCACCACCAUCAACAGCACCAUCAUCAGCAUCUACAGUCAACGGACACGUCCCAACAACACGGUACGCUCUCCUCGGCGAGCCAUCGUCACUUGGACGAACAAGAGGCACAGCCGCAGUCGCAGUCGCAAUCGGUGGCGCAUCAAAAACCGGACGAGGACGUGGUGGAGCGAACGAGUGGAAUCGCGGUAGCGAUGAGCGGCGCCCGUGGAGAUUUCAACCUCGGUAUGCUGUUCCCAAAUCUUGCGAGCACCGGUGCGACCAGUUCCGCUAGCGAGAUCGGUGGGAACGAUGGCCACCAACAACAUAAUCAACAACAGCAUAAUCGCCACCACCAUCAUCAUCACAAUCAUCAUCACUUGGAGGAGGUUUUGCCGGACGCGGCGUAUCUUCAGCAUCAAAUGCGAGGCGGAGGUAAUGGAGGAGGUGGCGGUAAUGGUAACAGUGGAGGAGGUGGUGGCGGCGGCAGCGGAGGCGGAGGUGGCAGCGGUGCGGAAGGCAGCGGUGGCAGCGGCAGCGGCGGAGGUGGAGGCGGUGGUGGAUGCUCACCGGCGCUUCGAACCGGUAGCUCACCGGGCUCCAGUCGUAGUCCGCACGAGGAUCAAGAACUUUCAUCGCCUCAUCGCCAAGGGCAGACAGAGGGUGGAUACAGUCCGAGCGAACAAGGGAGACAGUCGUACGCCCAUUUGACAGCUAUGCAGCCACCUUCCUCGGUACAGUCGAACCACGGCCUUGGCCAGGACACCGACCGAGUCUCCGAUCAGAUUUACAUGGAUUCGAUAUACGCUCAUCACACUGUCGGAACGCCUCAUCAUCAUCAAGAGCACGAGCCAGGAUCGUCGACUCCUCACUCGCCCAGUGGACCGCUUACCAGUUCAUUAUAUCGUUCAAUAAGCGAUGUCAGUAGUAUGACGGCAGCCAGCGCGGCAGGAACAGGAGGUACUUACGGCCUUCCUUACAUGACCGGCAGCCCUACAGAAUUGACUGCUUCGCCUCAGCAAUUGUGGAACGCUCAAGGUCUAGGAACAGGACUUCCCGCCAUUUCAGAAGAUUACGGUGCUAGCAGCAAAUCGACAGGCACGGUGACACAUCAGGCAUUGCCAGGAUUUUCGCAACCGUUUUGCGGUAGGGCGAGUUUUCGAGGAUACAGUCCGUCUUAUCCGACGCAGCAAAGCAAUGCUGGAGUCGGGGCUGGAACUGUAGAACCCUCGUCGUGGAACUAUGGCUCGCCUUCGAACGACACCCUGGCCACCCAAUACGCUGCCCCUUCGAGGCGGCAACCCGUUAACCCUCCGUCGACACCUGCGCAGCAUCAGCUCACGGCUACUGCUAGUCUUAGCGCGAUGCACAACAUCGAGGCGGAAUACUUUACCGAGGGCCGCGAGUGUGUAAAUUGCGGCGCAAUUUCCACUCCGUUAUGGCGACGAGACGGUACGGGCCACUACCUGUGCAACGCGUGCGGUCUUUACCACAAGAUGAAUGGAAUGAAUCGACCUUUGGUGAAGCAGCCACGGCGAUUGUCCGCUUCAAGACGAGUAGGCACUUCUUGCAGUAAUUGUCAAACGACGAUGACGUCGUUAUGGCGUCGAAACACUUUGGGCGAGCCUGUUUGCAACGCGUGCGGCCUUUAUUUCAAAUUGCACGGAGUGAACAGGCCUCACACUAUGAAGAAAGACAGCAUUCAGACGCGAAAGAGGAAACCAAAGGGAGGAAUGAAAUCUAGCGACACGCCGAUCGCCGGGAAUGUCGCGGGAGUGAGCAAUAACAACACGACCAUCACCACGGCCAACAACAACAACAACAACAACAACAAUAACAAUAACAACAACAACAAUAGCUUAAAAUUAGAACCUGACACGUAUGGCGAGCUGAGGAUGAGCCACGCCGGAAUGCCCCAGGUGAGCUACGGAAGCAGCCUUUAUGGAAGCCCUCAAUCGGCCACCCAGAUCGUUUCCUAUCAGUCUGCGCCCUCUGGAAUGUACUACGAUAUGAUCGUUUCUCAACAACAGCAACAACAACAGCAACAGCAGCAGCAACAACAACAGCAACAGCAGCAACAGCACCAACAUCAUCAACAUCCGCAACUUCUCGAGACUCACUCACCGAAAGUCGAGUGCCCGUCACCGCCGUGCGCGAAUCGAUCCCCUGUUAUGAUAUCCGCGAGCCAUUCGCCCGAUCAUCAUCAGCUUCCAUCCCCGCACAUCGUUACACUUGGAAAUUCCUCGCCAAGUACGGCUGCAACUAAAAUUAUCCUCGACAACGGCCAUCUAGACAGACCGUCCGUCGUCUCGCGAGACCGACUUUUGUCCACGACAAAAUUGAAGUCGUCCGUGGAUGGAAAAAUUCGUUGUUAAUCAGUGAAAAAUAAGUACAAAAAAAGAAAAAAAAAAAAAAAACGCGAAAGAGAACGCGUCAUUUCUUUCUUUGUUUCAACGAUUUUUUUUGAUUCGCUUUGAUUUUCUCAAAAAGGGAGGAGGAGCGUUGUUUCUCUUUUGCGUACACGGGCGGCGUUACUUUUCAAAGCGUUAUCGAAUUAUGCGUUGAAAGAGAGAAUGAAACGAAGAAUGAAAAAAGGAGAAGAAACGUGACGAUUUUUUUUUUUUGUUUCUCUUCAUUCUUAAAACUUAUCGAUUGAUUUACGAUUGAUUUAUUAAACUCGCGUAUAAUCUUUUUCUUUUUAUUCUUUCUUCUCUUUAUGUCAUUCUUCUUCUCGCACGCGUUUGUUCUUCGAAGAAUAAGAGGACAAGCGAAGAAAAAGGUAAUAACGAUGAUGAAUAUAUAUAUAUAUAUAUAUAUAUAAGGAUAAAGUAGCGAGGAUGAACCUUGCUAAGAAAUGAAAUGAAAAGACUGGAGCCUCCUGUACGUUCGACGAACGGGACUGAUAAAAGGGGAGGAUAAUACCAGAGGUUUUUUAAGUAUCGAUUAUUCAUGAUUUUGCGAAAAAAAAAACUCGUUGUAAAUAGUUUUGAAAAAGUGUGCAUGCGUGAGCAAUACGACACGUGGGGGCGAACCUUGUUUUUAGAAAGAUUCGGUUGUACUUGUUUAUUUUUACGCGCACGUUUCAAUUCGAGGGACGAUCGAUGAAUGAAAUUGUCCAAAUGAUAUUCGAUCGCCGAUUAUUAUUUUUCCGUUGUACUUGUAAAUAGGCAAUAAUAUUAUUAAACAAAAAAAAAAAAAAAACGAUAAAUUUCGAUUCGAAAUGUGGUGCGCGCGGUUCGAGUCGAAAAUACUUGAAAAUAUUAGUAAUAAUCGUUAUCUUUUUCGGUCUAAUUGUAGCGUUACAACGACCUACGCUGUUCAGUGUCGUUCCACACAUUCGAAUGCUACGAUCUAUAUAAACGAUACGAUGCAUAACAUUAUAAUUUUAUAGCGUUUACCGAUAAGAGCGGUGACGAUGACUAUGACAAAGACGAUGACAAUGACUAGGACGGCGGGAACGAAAGCGCUUUCGAUAACAAAAUUGUGAUCGUGGUCAGCAAUAAACGUUUGCGCGGACAGAGAGCACGUCCAGCGAGUCGAGGAUUACGCAUAAGGCCCAACAUGUUCUUAUUAUCUUCAAAGUGUGUUGUAUCGAAUCGGUAAUUUUUAAAUAAAAAGGGAUAUUUAAAUCGGAAA